AUGGAAAACACCAGCAACGAGCAGGAAGUUGAGCCUUUGUCGGCAGAGAUCUAUGAGUUACCUGGGGAGCCUGCUAUUGUCAUUAAUGGAAUGCCUGAGAUUCCCCCAAGUGAUGGCACUCUUCUUGCUAUCUCUAAUACUGUGCAUGAUGCAGAAUCCCAUGGAAAAACUAACUUUGGUGAAUGGUUGGAAGGAAGGGAAGUAAGAAAGUUGUUUGGAGAGCAAUACUACUCUGGUACAGUAACUGAGUAUGAUAAAGAAUCAGGCUGGUACAGGGUGGUGUAUGAAGAUGGCGACUUUGAAGAUCUCGACUGGACUGAAUUGAAAGAAGUGCUACUGCCCCUGGACAUCAUGGUUCCACUGAAAACAUUAGCCCUAAAAACUCUCAGGAAAAGCAAGAAACCUGUCCAUAAAUCUAGGUAUGCUAUGGCUCGAUCUCGAACACAUAAAGCCAAAACCACGGGAAGUAAGGGAAAGAAGGCCUCAGUACCUGAAGAUGCUUCAGUGAUGAACCCCAAAGUACCUGAAGAUGCUUCAGUGAUGAACUCCAACGGUUCAUAA